UCCACUCAAACGGAACCUGGUUUUCAAAACCCACGGGUUCGGUGUUUUUUUUUUUUUCAUCUCAUUUAUUUCAUAACCAGAGAACCUCAUUGUCGCUUCCCUUCUUCAAGGUUGUCCAAUUAGGGUUCAACGUGGUUUGAUCGUCGGUUUUUUGCAUCAUCAUGGGUAGUUCGGAACCCAGUACCGAAGAAUUUUUUCAAGAGAAGAAGCGCGUCAGGAACCCUUUUGUGCCCGUUGGUGCGCUUAUCACUGCUGGUGUGCUAACGGCUGGCUUAAUCAGUUUUAGACAAGGUAAUUCUCACUUAGGUCAGAAGUUAAUGAGGGCUCGUGUGGUUGUCCAAGGUGCAACGGUGGCGCUCAUGGUUGGCACUGCCUAUUAUUAUGGAGAAAAUCCUUGGCGAUCGAGUUAAACUUUGAAUGGCCAAAAAAGAAAAGUUCUAACUUUGGAAUUGCUUGGUUUCUUGUUGGUUUGAGUUUAUCCUUUCCAACAUCUUACUUUUGAAACUUCUUACAAUGCAUAACAAUUGAAUUCUUAUGAGUGUACUUUGAUAUAUACUUUUUUCAAUAAAAUAAACAACUCUCAA